AUGGACACCAAGACACAGAACCUUCCCAUCACCCACACCCAGCCUCACAGCAACGCCAGGCCCCAAGGCCACCCGUGCAGCCAGUGCCACUGCAGCCACCACUGCCAGAACUGUAGCCAGAGCUGCAGCCGGAGCUCCAGCCAGAGUCCAGCCGGCCACGGCAGCCCAGCUGCCUCCUCCAGCCAGACGCCCAGCCCCAGCCCGCCGCCCAGGAAUCACAAACACGCCAUGCACGCCCACCACUGUCGCCUGCGGCCCACCACCCACGCCAGCAGCUGUCCCAAGAGGAGAAAGCCCUUGGAAGGAAAGGUGACCAGGAGGAGGGUGGUGAAGAAGGGCCAGCGCGGGCACAGAACAAAGAGGCGGAGCGCAGGUACCAUCGCGAGAAAUGCCCUCCCAGCAGGAGGGAGGGCCACGGGGCCCCAGAUGGGCAGGGCAGCUGGCCAGACCUGGGCACAGUGCAGGCAGAUGCAGCGGGCACGCCAGCCAGGGGGCAGAGGAGACAGUCACCAAGCGGUGGGCUGGGUGGUGGGCUGGACGGAUGGGCGCAUGGUGCGCUGGCUCUGGCAGCAGGAAACCCGUCGGGUUAACGGGUGGACGCACGAGGACCUUGACCACAGUCUCGGUUAUGCCCACGCCCCUAUUGGACAACUGAGCAGUCCACACUGUACCCCCAAAAGUUAA